AUGGAAUGUGAUCGAAACACCGCAUCAGAUAAAAAAGAAGAAAUAACAAUGAUAGAAUUGAAAGCUUGCAUUGGAAUAUUAUUGCUUGCUGGUUUAUUAGGAAGAUCAAAGAGAGAUUUACGAUCCUUACGGAGAACAAGUCCUUUAAAACCUCCAAUAUUCAAAGCAACUAUAUUUGAUGAUAAAACAACAAGAGAAAAGAAAAAGCAAACGGAUAAAUUUGCAGCAAUUCGUGAAAUUUGUUCAGAUUUUCAAGAUAAUUUAAAAACAUGUUAUAUACCAGGACUUAAUCUUACUAUCGACGAACAAUUACUAGGAUUUCGUGGAAGAUGUCCAUUUCGUCAAUUUAUUUCGAAGAAACCUGACAAAUACGGAUUAAAGUUCUGGCUAUGUGUUAAUGUAGAGGCAUAUUUUGUAUUGAAUGCAUUUCCUUAUAUUGGACGACAGCCAGGUCAAGAAAAACAAAAACAUGUAGGUGAAAAUGUAGUUUUAGAAUUGCUCAAGCCAUUUUAUGGUUCAAACAGAAAGGUUACAAUGGAUAAUUCUUUUACGAGCGUUCCGUUGGCAAAAAAUUUUCAAACAAAGAAUCUUACUCUUAUAGGAGCAUUACGAAAAAACAAAUCAGAAAUGCUUAUGGAAUUUUUAUCUGAUAAAACUCGUGAAGUUGGUUCUUCGCUUUUUGGCUUUGAUGCUAAUUUAACUUUAGUUUCCUUUGUACCAAAAAAGAACAAAGCUGUAUUAUUACUUUCUUCUAAACAUCAUGAUAAUCACGUGGACAAAAAGACUGGAAAACCAAUUAUUGUUUUGGAUUAUAACAAAACCAAGGGAGCCGUUGAUACUGUUGAUCAAAUGUGUCACAAAUAUACAGUACAAAGCGAUGGCCACUUUGUAUUUUUAUGGUGUGAUAGAUAUGGCGGCUCUGAAUGCUUUUAUCGUAUGGAAGGCAAAAAACCAGAAUGGAAUCGGAACAAGAGAUACCAACGUCGAUUAUUCAUAGAAGAACUCGGACUUAGUCUUGUAACUCCUCUAUUGGACUUUCGUUCUAAAACUUCAACAUUUCUACAUAAAGAUAUUCAAAAUGCUUUAGCUAUUGUUGGGCAUCCUGUAACGAAAAGAAAUUCACAAGAAUCAAAUGAAGAUCCUUCACAAAAAAAAACGAAAGCGGUGUUCAAUAUGUGA